ACUUUGACAUUAUGCGUCGAACAAUACUACAUUGUCUAACAUUUGUUUAUAAUCACCAAACGAAAACAUUUCUGUCGUAAUGAGGGUGGUGUAGCUGCCCUAGAUUGUUAGGGUCGAAAUUAAAUUAAAUUUUGACCAAAAUGUCGUGUGUCUUAUUUAAGUACUACGUUGCCAUCGUUGUUACGAUUUUUGUCCGUUUUCCCAUUGAAAUCGGAUGCUGUUCGAUGACCACAAGUGCCAUGAUCGAUCUAAUGCACCAAAACCCGAACUAUGAAUCAGACCCUUGCUACAUAAAAUGGAAAGCUGCUCAGGAUGCAGAUCUGGCUCAGUUGUGGGCACGACAAGACGAUUUACAAAAGAGGGCGCACGAUUACAAUCGAAGGCGAAUGGAGAAUGAGGCAAUAGAACGAGCAAAUAGGCAAGACAGCUAUUCUCAAACAUUUAACGUGGCUCAAACCAAAAGGAAGGAAUCAUCCAUUUGGAAAAUACUGGGAGGUUUAAUUGGUGGGAUAGUGGGAUUGUGUUGUUGUAUAGCUUGUGUUACAGCCGUGUGUGACAGUGAUGAUGCAACGACGACUACAACCACCAAUGUCACUCAAAGUGCAGCACCGCUUCAAGCGCAAUUAACGACAGUUGUAUCGAGCGAUCCAUUGGGACCUAUGUACAACGCCAAUUUUAGUAAUCUCACUGAAUCGUCUUCGCAGGAAGACACUCAUGCCAAUGUACCACUUAUGAUGCCAAAGAGACAAAAUUCGCUUCCAAGUUACGAGGAUGCCGUAAAAAUGCCAACAGCUCCGCCGAUAGAAUAAGUUACACAAAAUGCAACAAAAGACACUCAGACCUCAAACGCUUAUUUUUCAAAGACAUUCACAUUUAAAGUCGCUUUUUUCGGCAAUAUUAUAUUGAACUACUGUUAAA